AUCCUCGCACUGCGGAGCAGGAAGGGCCGAUAAGGAUCGUCGAGCCGAGUCCCUCUCAAGAAGACAUGGGGAGGGAACUGAACCUCCAAUCCAGAUACCUCAGCCACUGAGCCAUCGAGCGGCGCGGUCGAGUCAGACGUCGAAGAAAGGGCAGAGCAUCCCAGCCGGGAAAGAUACUGGAAACAAACCAGAAGGGGACACUGUCGUUCACACACCUGGGCUGCCCUAUUCCAAGACUGCCGGGCCUAGAGAGGGAGGCACCUCACUGGACUGUGGUGUUGCAGAUGCCAAGGAGCAGGUGCUGGCCAAUCUAGCUAACUUUGCUUAUGACCCAAAGAACUAUGAGCAUUUCCGGCAGCUCAAAAUUUUGGACCUCUUUCUAGACAUGCUCACCGAGGACAAUGAGACCCUUGUGGAAUUUGCACUGGGUGGCCUUUGCAAUCUCUGUCUGGAUAAAAUCAACAAAGACUACAUCUUGGAGGCAGACGGGGUCACUGCUGUAGUCAACUGCCUCUCCAGCUCCAAUGAGGAGACUGUUUUGUCUGCAGUUACUACCCUGAUGUACUUGAUCACCCCCCAGUCUCGGCAGCAGAUCACAGCUCUUCCUGUGGUCGAGUGCAUGCAGAGGUUCUCCCUGUCAGCCAACAGGAGGCUACGGAAUCUGGCAACUGUCUUCCUUGAAGAUUAUUGCACCCCUCUGCGGGUGGAGGAGGCCAGGAACCGGACCGGGCACACUGCCGUAGGGAUCCCGUUGCCCAAGGAGUAGUGCCUCAAAACAGGCAGACUUUCCUGGCAAAUGCAGUCCCAGGCCUUCCUGUUGACAGAGCCAGUUAUAAAGUGAGAUCAUGCCAGAAAUGGUGCUUUGAAGAGCGACUGUGGGGGAAUUUGGAACUGACCAUUAAGAGUCAGAAUUAGUCGCUCCACACAUUUGGGACCCAAGUGCUUUUCAACCCAGAGGUACUGUUGGGUGAAAGAAAGGAGUAUUAGAAGGAAAGAAUCAUCUUCAGGAAAUUCAUCUCCACUAGAGAGUAUCUGAUGGAAUACAGGAAUUAGAAGGGAGGAUCAGCGCAACUCCACAGCUGAUGGUACUCUAAAAUAUAUUCCAAAGAUGUUCACAAGGCAUUUACUCCUAUUGCAAACCAUUCAGGCUGCAACUCUUUAUACAGUGACUUGGGAGGAAGCCCUCGUGAACAUACUGAAUAAGAACGCAGGGAACUGCAGUGCUGAUCUGUCUCUUAGAGCAGGUCUGGGUGGCAGAUCCUUUCAGAUUCUGGAGAGCUUUAGCUCAUGCACAGAGGAACACACAUUCCUUCACCUUCAUUUCUAACCUCCACAGGAUUGUGACACACCUGCUGCUCCCUCCUUUGUUGCCUUGGCUUCUGAUCUCUUUUCCCCCUCUACGCUUUCUUCUGAUAGCUCCUGGCAGCUAUUUGCUGUUAUUAGCACAUUAACUACAACACAGCUUUAUCCCAAUACAUUGAAUUGGAAGAUUCCAUAUGCAUUAAAAUAAUAAAUACAAAACCAAGUUGCAGCUUCA